AUGACAAAUUUUGAAACAAUCAAACAAACAUUUAUGUCUAAAAUUAAUGAACCAAAUUCACAACGUCGUAUGGUUUUAUUUGUUGUUUGUAUAGCUCUAUUAUUAGACAAUAUGUUAUACAUGGUUAUAGUACCAAUUAUUCCGGACUAUCUACAAAAUCUACGUGCAAUGGAUACAAAACAAAUUUAUUGGAUUAAUGCUACACAUACUAAAAGAUUAGAAGAUGAAAACUUUAUUUUUAAUAAAACUAAUGGUGAUUAUAAAAUAAAAUGGCUUAUUCAUCAAUCUGAAACUAAAAUUGGUACAUUAUUUGCAUUUAAAGCUAUAAUACAAUUAUUAUGUAAUCCUAUAUCAGGAACUGUAAUUGAUCGAAUUGGUUAUGAUGUACCAAUGAUGUUUGGUUUAUGUAUAAUAUUUCUGUCAACUUCUGUAUUUGCGUUUGGUAGUUCAUAUGGAUUAAUGUUUAUUGCUAGAGGAUUACAAGGUAUGGGUUCAGCUUUUGCUGAUACUGCCGGUUUAGCAAUGAUAGCUGAUCGAUAUACAAAUGAAUAUGAACGUACAAAAGCAUUGGGAAUAGCUUUAGCAUUUAUAUCAUUUGGUUCAUUAGUAGCACCUCCAUUUGGUGGAAUAGUUUAUCAAUAUUUUGGCAAAGAAUUACCAUUUAUUACACUUGCAUUUAUAGCAUUAUUUGAUGGUUGCUUAUUAUUGAUUAUUAUGCAACCAGUUAGAAUUGAACGAACAGUUUUAAAAACUCAAGGUAAUCUACCUAAAGGAACUCCUAUACAUCGUUUACUAAUGGAUCCUUAUAUUGCUAUAUGUGCUGGAUGUCUCACUGUAGCUAAUGUAUCACUUGCAUUUUUAGAACCGACAAUAUCAAACUGGAUGUCAAAAAGUAUGAAAGCAACAAAUGCACAAGAAGGUUUAGUAUGGUUACCAGCAUUUUUACCACAUUUAGCUGGAGUUAUAACAACAAUUAAGUUAGCUGAUAAAUAUCCAAGUAAACAAUGGUUAAUGGCUGCAGUUGGUUUAGCUAUUGAAGGAGGAAGUUGUUUCUUGAUACCAUUCUGUACUAAUUUUAUUGCAUUAAUGAUUCCUAUUAGUAUUUUGUGUUAUGGUAUUGCAUUAGUUGACACAGCAAUAUUGCCUACAAUGGGUUUCCUUGUAGAUACACGUCAUGUUUCAGUAUAUGGUUCAGUGUAUGCAAUCGCUGAUAUUUCAUAUAGUUUAGCUUAUGCCUUGGGACCAAUUGUUGCUGGUGGACUUGUGGAUACAAUUAAAUUUGUUGGACUUAAUAUUGUUAUGACAUUAAUCACUUUAGGAUAUGUACCAGUCAUGUACUUAUUACGUCAUUGUUAUAAUGUUGAAAGACCACAGAAUAGAGAAUUACCACCUUUAAAAACUGAUUCAAUUGAUCAUUCAUUUGAUCAAGAUGAUUAUGCUUCGGUUAAAAGUUAUCCAGGUUAUGAACAAAAUUCAACGAUAAAGGGUGAAUCCAAUCAUCAUCACCGACAACAAUAUCAUCAUCCUACUGACCCUACUAAUCAAUAUAAUUAUCAGUCAGCAUCAACGUAUGAACAAGAUGGUAAACUAUUAACUCAACGAACAGAUUAUGCUUAUUGAGUAUAUCAUUGUCAACUUAUAUAAAUAUUCGUCAAGAUUACAACAAUCAGUUUGACAAAAUUUGGGCGCCGAAUAUAGAGAAGACAUUUUAUGUCAAAAUUAUAUUUGAACUGAUCUCAGCAAUUAAAAUUUAAAAUAAUUCCAAUGUUUGGUCCAGCUAACUUGUCUAAACUUCUUCAGGGUAAUGAUCAAAACCAUCAAGGAAAUAUAUAUAGUGUUUUAACAAUCAAAUCUAUACUGCGUUAAUCCGAUCAUAGUUGGAUGUUGAUUAUUAAUAAAUAAGAUAAUAUGAGUCGGUUAAAUACAAAUCGUGUGAAAAGUUCACGAUGUGAGAAUAAAUAUCAAUCCAUUUCAGUCAUUUAUGCUCACACGAUUAGCAUUUAAAUGACUCAUAUUAUCCUAUUUAUUAAAAAUCAACAUCCAACUAUGAUCGGAUUAACACAGUGUAGAUUUGAUUGUUAAAACAAUAUAUAUAUUUUCUUGAUGAUUCUGAUUAUCAUCCUGAAAAAGUCCAGACAAGUUAGCUGGACGAAACAUUGAAAUCAUUUUUAAGUUCAAUUACUGAGAUUAUUUCAAAUAUAAUUUUCAUAUAUAAUGUCUAUCAUUAUUAAUAAAUAAAAUAGUUGAUUUAUUUAGAUUAAAUGCAAUCAUAAUAAACAGUUUACUACGAAAAAAAUGUUUAUCAUACUACUUAUUUACCAUAUGUGAGUAAUACACAAUUCAAUAUUCAUAAAUGAAUAACACUGUGAUUUCUAAAUCUAACAUAAUAAAUAUAAAUCUAACAGUUACUCUGACAUAUAUUAACUUCUUUUCUUGUAAAUUUUUACUAAUUUUC